AGCUGCAUUGCUUCAAAAUUGAAUAAUAUGAACUAUUAUUCAAGGGGCUGAAAAUAUGGAAAUUAUAAAUAGCUGCAGUUUAGGUAUUCGUCGUCUAUUUGUAUGUUAUUUGGCAGUAUUAGAGAUCGCCAUAAAAAGAUAUGAUUAUAAUCAUAUGAUGAUAAUUCACGAUAUUAAAAACCCAUGUAAAAGUUGAGGAUAGAUUGUAAAAUAGAAUGUAGCUAGCAUAUAGCAAUACACUGUUCACAUAAGCCACAGUAAAACUGAAAUAAGUGACGUGGAAGCAACUGCAUACGUAAAAGAUAAGCCAUUUGCUGGACUUCGCUUUCAUAUUUAAUGAAGUUUGAUGCCGAGGAAUUUUUGCCAUUCGAUUUUUUAAAUCGGAGUUCAAACAAAUUUAGAGUGUAGUCAACUAAAAUUGUAUAUUAAGCAUGGACAAGAUUCCACCAGCAUUGAUAAAACCAGAAAUCAGAUACACCAAGUUAUUCAUCAACAAUGAAUGGGUUGACUCUAAGGAUGGUUCGACGUUUGCUACUUACAAUCCAUCAACAGAAGAAAAAAAUGCUGACGUUGCAGAAGGAAAAGAGGCCGACAUAGAUGCAGCAGUUCAAGCAGCCAAAGCCGCAUUCGCACCAGGUGCUGCAUGGCGCAAGAUGGAUGCUUCGUACCGAGGAGUUCUGCUAAACAGAUUUGCAGAUUCAAUCGAAAAGGAUGCACAAUAUAUUGCGUCUCUCGAAUGUUUUGAUAACGGAAAGUUGUACGAUUCUUUGUUGAAAUUCGAUGUACCAUACAGCAUAUCAAUUAUCAGAUAUUUUGCUGGAUGGGCGGACAAGUAUCACGGAAAAACCAUUCCAUUCGAUGGUGACUAUUUUUGUUACACCAAGCAUGAACCUGUGGGAAUCUGUGGAGCAAUACUUCCGUGGAAUGUGCCAAUAAUAAUGUUUACAAUGAAAUUUGCUCCCUGUGUGGCAAUGGGGAACGUCUUAAUUGUGAAACCAUCGGAAAACACUCCUCUGAGUGCUUUAUACUUGGCAUCUCUUGCAAAGGAAGCAGGAUUUCCACCAGGGGUUUUGAACGUUGUGCCAGGAUUUGGGAAAACUGCUGGACACGCUUUAUCACAUCACAUGGAAGUCGACAAAAUUUCAUUCACUGGAUCAGGAGUGACCGGACGCUUGAUUCAGAAAGCUUCAGCUGAUUCCAAUUUGAAACGAGUCUCUCUGGAACUCGGAGGGAAAAGUCCCAAUAUUGUGUUCUCUGACGUUGAUAUCGAUGAAGCAGUAUCUCUCGCUAGCAAUGCUAUGUUUGUGCAUAAUGGUCAAACAUGUUUAGCUGGAAGUCGUACUUUUGUACAUGAAGACAUAUACGAAGAAUUUGUUAAAAAGAGCGUUGAGAAAGCAAAAUCAUUGAAAAUUGGAGAGCCUGAGGACGUCAGCACGGAGAUCGGUCCACUGAUCAGUAAAAUCCAAGAGGACCGAGUGUUGGGACUUUUAAAAAGCGGUGUCGAGGAAGGUGCAAAAGUUAUGUGUGGUGGAAAAAAGAUGGAGGGAAAGAAGGGAUUUUAUAUAGAACCAACUGUGCUUACUGGCCUUUGUGAUGACAUGAAGGUUUCAAAAGAAGAGAUUUUCGGACCUGUUCAGCAAAUCUAUAAGUUUAAAGAUGUGAAUGAAGUGAUAGAGCGAGCAAAUAAUACUAGAUAUGGACUUGUUGCUGGAGUUAUUACAAAUGAUGUAAAUAAAGUUAUGGCAAUUUCGAACGCUCUACGGGCAGGAACUGUGUGGGUGAAUUGUUAUUUCGUACUCAGUCCUGGGAAUCCAUUUGGAGGAUUUAAAGAAUCUGGAAUCGGUCGCGAAAAUGGUGAAUAUGUUUUGAGCCAAUACACAGAAGUCAAGACCGUUAUUAUGAAAAUUCCCGGAUCAGGUGCUCAAGUGUGAAACAGAGUGUAGGAUCCAUUUCACACCAUUAUAAAUAUGUACUCUAUAUAUGUAUUGAUUCAUUUUCACAAUUGCAUUUUUAAAAACCAAAAUAACCAGUACUUUUCUCACAUGCUACCUCUUCAUGCUCUUUGUUAUGAUUUUAUGUGCAGCUAUCAAAUAGGCAAAAAAAAAAUAGGUUUGAUAGGAGAAGGCGUAAUAUGAUCCGUUUUGUGAGUCACUGUUUGAUAAUAAAAAGUUUUUACUUUCUUAAUA